AUGGGCAACGCAUCAUCCACUCCGCAUCCGCUACGCCGUCUCUCGCGCGCCUCAUUCUCCUCCACCGGCGCAUCCUCCACCGGCGUAGUUGACGAACAACUAGCGCGGCCGCCAGACUCCCACGCUCACAAUGAAGAGUAUGAGGAGCACGACGACUUUGACGAGUCGUUCGACGUGCCCACCUUCUCAACCCGCCGACCGCUAAGGCGCCACUCGGUACCCGACGACGAUGCCGACACGAUCUGCGACUCGGCCUCGAUUAUGACGGCGUACACCGAUGCAACCUUAACUGCAGACCCACUUCAAGCUUAUGUGGCUGGCAGUUCGGUCGUAUCGUCAGCCGUCGACGCCGCGAUGGAGGUUCUAAACGGGGACGCGAAAGGUUGGCGGCGGGACGUGGCACUCGCCCAACUCGAGUGGCUUGCGGCUGACGGGGCGCGGCGAGCACGUUGGGUACGCGCUGAGGCGGCUGCGCGCCACAAACGGGCUAAGGGACGGCGCUCUAGUCUGGGCACGGCGAAAAAACCAGACCUCCGCCUGUCCACGGCCGGAGAGGAACGCGUCAUUUCCGAAGACACUGCAACUGCGCGCCGGGUACACAUGGAGGCUGCGGCUGGGGACCAGCGUGCCGGCGCAGAGGACGACGCCAAAGUCCAACUCGAGAGGGCCCACGACGCGGUCCAUGCCCGCUACCGCCGUCAGAGCGAGGGCGGGGCAGAGAUGGAUGUAAAUGGUGCGGGAGGCGAUGGGCAGGAUGAGGAUGGUGAACAGAAGGAGGGUGCUGAACAGCCGAACACGGCGCAGGCAUACGCCACCAAGCGCGGUCAGCUCCGCGCCGCCGAGGAGCGGUACCACGCGUCCUGCGCCCAGGCCGCAAAGGAACACGCUGAUCUGCUCGCGGUCUCGUCGCGCGCGCACGAGCGCGCCUUCUCCACGUGCACAGUCACGUACAUGGGCAAGCGUCUGCGCGACCCCGACGCACAGGGCGAGAUCACGUUCACUGCUGCCGCCGGAGCAUCGAUCGAGUCCAAGAGACGCCGCAGUGUGUGGUCGGGGCAGUACCAGGUCGGCCAGUGGCAGCGGUAG